AUGGCCGAAUCAACUCCUUUCACUGUGACUGCUGUUGAGCGGCAACCCGAGGAAAAAUACAAUUUCGGGGCUUUUGUCACAGGAGUUGAUUUGAAUAAUAUAUCCGAUGACGACGUUGAUCGUCUCAAGGCCGCGGUGUGGCGUCACAAGGUAGUGGUUGUGAAGAACCAGGCGAAUCUCGAUCCUGAAAAGCAAUGGGAGCUUGUUACAAGGCUCGAUCCCAAAGCUACAGAUGGCCACAGCCACGGAAACAUAACCAGUUUUCGGGCUAAGGGUGGGCUCUUGGCACAAGGAAGAGAAGUCGUCGGCAUUCCAGGAGCUGAGAAUGUUCGCCUUAUUGGCAAGGGUUUCCAAGGAAAAGAUCAUUACGGAAUCAAAAAUCACACCGUGGAGCGCGGCCUCAGCAAUGACUUCCACAAUGUUCCUCCAUCUCCAAGCGAUUUCGAAAAUGGAAUUACGCGUUUUCAGCGCUGGCAUAUUGAUGCCCCAUUGUAUGGGAAAGAUCCCGCAUGGUUCACAACUUUGCGAUGUGUCAAGCUACCUCGCGGAGAGGAUCUCACAAUUGAAUGGGCAGAUGGGUCUGGUCUGAGCAUGAGAUCGCCGGCUGGACGAACGGCAUUUUUCAGUACAUCACAGCUCUACAGCAUGCUCACACUAGAGGAGAAGCAACUAAUAGAUCAUAGCUGGGUUGAGUAUGCUCCUUAUCCGUAUAAAUGGAUUGAGCGUUGCAGGGGCAACAGCAAUGGGUUGGGCCUCGCAGAUGGAGGUACACAUUUGACAAUCGAGGAGCUUGGGGAAUAUGAUUCUUCGGCUGUUAAAAAGUAUCCAUUGGUGUGGGUCAACCCCUUGACAGGAGAGAAGGCCUUUCAAGUUCAUGGAAUCUGCGCACGACGAUUGUAUCUGCGCAGCUCCAAGGACGAAGAGCCCCGUGUGAUCGAUGAUCUGCAGGAGAUUCGUAAAUUUAUACUGGGGAUUCAGAACCGUAUACUGCGGCCUGAGUAUAUAUUUUUGGCCCCGGCAGAAGAAGGUGAUAUGGUAAUUUGGGAUAAUUAUGGUCUUUUUCACUCUGCUAUUGACUAUCCAUUGAAAAUGGGACCGCGAACUAUGCACCAAGCAAAUAUUGCAGGUAGCGUUGGUCCAAAGGGUCCUGUCCCGAUUAGUUUAACGGCCUAA